AGCCCAAACUCUGCCAUUCUCCAUAGCCCGGAGUUACAAGCACACUGAGAAAACCCAGCACGAACGUGAGAGGAAGAAAGAGACGGAGAGAGCAAGUGACAAAGUAACUAAUAAAACCAGAAAAAAAUAAAUAAAGUGAGGCUUCGCGCCUCGAGAAAGAACGAGAGUACGUUCAAGUUUAGUUUAGAAAGCGUGGUGGAAAACUUUUCUGGGCUGUGGCAGAAAGCUGUGGACCGCGGAAGAUGCCAGAGCAAAGGUGUUGAACUUUAACAGAAUAUAGAGGAAGACGGGAGAGAGUUUCAGCAUUAGCCUUGGCAAUUCAGAAAGAACAAGGGCUGACACGGUCCACACUAGGGGACAGGUGAAGAAGUAACACAUUUAGAGAUGGCUGAUGAGCAGGACACAAGGGAAGUGCUUUUCCCACAGUGGACGGGCACUGAUAAGCUUGGUCUCACCAUAGAACAAAAAGGUCAAGGAGAGAUUUUUGUCAAAGAGGUGAAAGAUGAGUCCCCUGCUGCUCAUACUGGAAAAGUAUAUGAAGGUGACCAAAUUGUGGGGGCCACCAUUUACUUUGAUAACAUGAGCUCAGAAGAAACGGCUGAAAUAUUAAAGACUCUAAAUCGACAUAAGGUUGGACUAAAAUUACAAAAUAAGUCUGGAGACAAGUCGCCUUGCCGUUCUCCAAUGGGGACACUGUCACGGGAAGGACGUGGAGGGUUAGGAGGUUCUAGUUCAGACAUUCUUCUGAGUGGGGAUGACGAAGACUACAAGAGAAUCUACACUAAGAAGAUUAAACCUAGGCUAAAGUCAGAGGAUCUUGCUGAGGGUGUUGAUGUGCGCACAGAACGUCACAGCAGCACAAGCAGUGAUGGUUGCACCAUUACUACAAUCACUCGUCGAAUAACUACCUACACUGUAGACGUGCCUGGGGAGACUAGUCAGCAGAUUGAUCACUCAAGCCCUGAGUUCAAAAUUCAGGUCUUGCAGCAUGAGCAGUCGGAGGGGGAUUCUACUCCAAUUAGAUUACCACAUAGUAGCCUUGUUAGUGGUGCACAUGGAGGUAUAAAAAGGGGGGACAUAACUCUGAGCGGUCCCCAUGUCACUGGCUCCACUGUGAAGCACUCUAGCACAGAAUCUGUAAAAGCAACAAGUGUAUUAGAUGGUAGUGGUAAAGAGAUUAUAAUUAAUGUGUCAGACACUGGACUGUCAGGUGGUAGAGGGCCGAAGGGGAUAGAACAUUUUGGAAGGGCUGAAACUUCUGCAGGUAGUAGUGAUCUCUCUGGCAAAGUAACCAUGGGGUUGGACAAAGACAUGAGAAAUAUUUCUUCUCCAUUGGAAGCUGGUUUUAAAGCUUCAAGUAUGAUGGGAGGAACGGAGGUUCCUACAGUAAAGGGCCCUGUUCUGAAUACUCGUGUUUCAGGUUUUUCCAUUAGUGGAGAUACAGGGGGCAGUAUUGGCAGGGAAUCUUUAUCUGAAGUGCAUAAGGAUGGGUCUGCUGAUGAAACCAAAUUGUCUAAAGUUACCAUAGAUGUGCAAAGGCCCAAGGAAGUUCAAAAUGUGGAAGUGAAUUUCAACAAUCAAAAUCUUAAAGAUAUUAGUCAGAGAGGUUUCAGCAUAACUGGGAAUAAAGAAAUGUCAGCUAGGGUUCAGGAACCUGAUACAGUAGUAUGUCUACCCAAAGCUGAUGUAAAAAUCACACAACCAGAUAUGGAUGUCAGGGGUCUAGAGCUUCACUUUAAAGGACAUGAGCAUAGAGUCAAAGAUGUCAAAUUUGAUGCACCAUCAAUCACUGGUCAAAUUUCUAUGCCAGAUAUAGAUUUAAAUCUUAAAGGACAAAAAGUGAAAGGCGAUGUUAACGUAUCUGUUCCAAAAGUGGAAGGGAAUGUUACAACUUCAAAAGUUGAAAUUAAAAUGCCAGAUCUCGAGGGUGUCAAAUAUGACUUUACUGUUCCAAAGGUCAAAACGUCCUCAUUUGGAAUGAAAACCUCAGAAGUAAGGGUUCCUGAUGCUGAUGUAAAUCUUGCUAAAGCCAAAAUGGACAUUAAAGCACCAGAUGUGGAAAUCAAGAGUCCAGAGUUUAAUGUUGAGAGAUCUGAAGUUAAAGUCAGAGAUCCCGAAAUCAAGAUACCACCAGUCUCAGGUUCUAAGAUUGCAGUGUCUGACGAGAACUUAAAUGUAAAAGGGUCAACAUUGAAUGCACCAGAUGUGGGCAUCAAAGCUUCUGAGGUUGACAUUGAAGGACCUGAGGGAAAAAUCAAGGGCCCCAAAUUCACGAUGCCGUCGAUCUCUGGUCCAAAGGUUUCUAUGCCAGACGUUGACUUAAAUCUGAAAGGUCCUAAACUGAAAGGUGAUGUUGACGUGUCCAUUCCAAAAGUGGAAGGAGAUAUUAAAGCACCAAAAGUUGAAAUUAAAGGCCCAGAAAUGGAAGUAUCUGAGGAUGGUUUUAAGAUACCAAAGAUCAAAAUGCCAUCAUUUGGACUGAAGGAUCCAAAACUGGAGGGUCCAGAUGUAGAUGUGAAAAUCUCUAAAACUGAUAUUGACAUUAAGGCACCAAAUGUGGACAUCAAAGCUCCGGAGGUACACCUUGAAGGACCUGAAGGAAAUAUCAAGGGCCCCAAAGUCAAGAUGCCAUCAGUCUCUGGUCCAAAGAUUUCUAUGCCAGAUGUUGACUUCAAUCUGAAAGGUCCAAAACUGAAAGGUGAUGUUGACGUGUCUGUUCCCAAAGUGGAAGGAGAUAUUAAAGCACCAAAAGUUGAAAUUGAAGGCCCAGAAAUUGAAGGACCUGAGGGUGGUUUUAAGAUUCCAAAAAUCAAAAUGCCAUCAUUCGGAAUGAAGGGUCCAAAACUGGAGGGUCCAGAUGUUGAUGUAAAAAUCCCUAAAACUGAUAUUGACAUUAAGGCACCAAAUGUGGACAUCAAAGCUCCAGAGGUUGACAUUGAAGGACCUGAGGGAAAAAUCAAGGGGUCCAAAUUCAAGAUUCCAUCUGUCUCUGGUCCAAAGAUUUCUAUGCCAGAUGUUGACUUCAAUCUGAAAGGUCCAAAACUGAAAGGUGAUGUUGACGUGUCUGUUCCCAAAGUGGAAGGAGAUAUUAAAGCACCGAAAGUUGAAAUUGAAGGCCCAGAAAUUGAAGGACAUGAGGGUGGUUUUAAGAUGCCAAAAAUCAAAAUGCCAUCAUUCGGAAUGAAGGGUCCAAAACUGGAGGGUCCAGAUGUUGAUGUAAAAAUCCCUAAAACUGAUAUUGACAUUAAGGCACCAAAUGUGGACAUCAAAGCUCCAGAGGUUGACAUUGAAGGGCCUGAGGGAAAAAUCAAGGGCCCCAAAUUCAAGAUUCCAUCUGUCUCUGGUCCAAAGAUUUCUAUGCCAGAUGUUGACUUCAAUCUGAAAGGUCCAAAACUGAAAGGUGAUGUUGACGUGUCUGUUCCCAAAGUGGAAGGAGAUAUUAAAGCACCAAAAGUGGAAAUUGAAGGCCCAGAAAUUGAAGGACCUGAGGGUGGUUUUAAGAUGCCAAAGAUCAAAAUGCCAUCAUUCGGAAUGAAGGGUCCAAAACUAGAGGGUCCAGAUGUUGAUGUGAAAAUCCCUAAAACUGAUAUUGACAUUAAGGCACCAGAUGUGGACAUCAAAGCUCAAGAGUUGGACCUUGAAGGACCUGAAGGAAAAAUUAAGGGCCCCAAAUUCAAGAUUCCAUCCGUCUCUGGUCCAAAGAUUUCUAUGCCAGAUGUUGACUUAAAUCUGAAAGGUCCAAAACUGAAAGGUGAUGUUGACAUGUCUGUUCCCAAAGUGGAAGGAGAUAUUAAAACACCAAAUGUGGAAAUUGAAGGCCCAGAAAUUGAAGGACCUGAGGGUGGUUUUAAGAUGCCAAAGAUCAAAAUGCCAUCAUUCGGAAUGAAGGGUCCAAAACUAGAGGGUCCAGAUGUUGAUGUGAAAAUCCUUAAAACUGAUAUUGACAUUAAGGCACCAAAUGUGGACAUCAAAGCUCCAGAGGUUGACAUUGAAGGACCUGAGGGAAAAAUCAAGGGCCCCAAAUUCAAGAUUCCAUCUGUCUCUGGUCCAAAGAUUUCUAUGCCAGAUGUUGACUUCAAUCUGAAAGGUCCAAAACUGAAAGGUGAUGUUGACGUGUCUGUUCCCAAAGUGGAAGGUGACAUUAAAGCACCAAAAGUGGAAAUUGAAGGCCCAGAAAUUGAAGGACCUGAGGGUGGUUUUAAGAUGCCAAAGAUCAAAAUGCCAUCAUUCGGAAUGAAGGGUCCAAAACUGGAGGGUCCAGAUGUUGAUGUAAAAAUCCCUAAAACUGAUAUUGACAUUAAGGCUCCAGAUGUGGACAUCAAAGCUCCAGAGGUUGAUCUUGAAGGACCUGAGGGAAAAAUCAAGGGCCCCAAAUUCAAGAUUCCAUCUGUCUCUGGUCCAAAGAUUUCUAUGCCAGAUGUUGACUUAAAUCUGAAAGGUCCAAAACUGAAAAGUGAUGUUGACAUGUCUGUUCCCAAAGUGGAAGGAGAUAUUAAAGCACCAAAAGUGCAAAUUGAAGGCCCAGAUUUUGAAGGACCUGAGGGUGGUUUUAAGAUGCCAAAGAUCAAAAUGCCAUCAUUCGGAAUGAAGGGUCCAAAACUGGAGGGUCCAGAUGUUGAUGUAAAAAUCCCUAAAACUGAUAUUGACAUUAAGGCACCAGAUGUGGACAUCAAAGCUCAAGAGUUGGACCUUGAAGGACCUGAAGGAAAAAUUAAGGGCCCCAAAUUCAAGAUUCCAUCCGUCUCUGGUCCAAAGAUUUCUAUGCCAGAUGUUGACUUCAAUCUGAAAGGUCCAAAACUGAAAGGUGAUGUUGAUGUAUCCAUUCCCAAAGUGGAAGGAGAUAUUAAAGCGCCAAAAGUGGAAAUCGGAGGCCCAGAAAUUGAAGGACCUGAGGGUGGUUUUAAGAUGCCAAAGAUCAAAAUGCCAUCAUUCGGAACGAAGGGUCCAAAACUGGAGGGUCCAGAUGUUGAUGUGAAAAUCCCUAAAGGCGAUAUUGACAUUAAGUCACCAAAUGUGGACAUCAAAGCUCCUGAGGUUGACAUUGAAGGACCUGAGGGAAAAAUCAAGGGCCCCAAAUUCAAGAUGCCAUCGAUUUCUGCUCCAAAGAUUUCUAUGCCAGAUGUUGACUUCAAUCUGAAAGGUCCAAAACUGAAAGGUGAUGUUGAUGUAUCCGUUCCCAAAGUGGAAGGAGAUAUUAAAGCACCAAAAGUGGAAAUUGAAGGCCCAGAAAUUGAAGGACCUGAGGGUGGUUUUAAGAUGCCAAAGAUCAAAAUGCCAUCAUUCGGAAUGAAGGGUCCAAAACUGGAGGGUCCACAUGUUGAUGUGAAAAUCCCUAAAGGCGAUAUUGACAUAAAGGCACCUAAUGUGGACAUCAAAGCUCUUGAGGUUGACAUUGAAGGACCUGAGGGAAAAAUCAAGGGCCCCAAAUUCAAGAUCCCCUCGAUCUCUGCUCCAAAGAUUUCUAUGCCAGAUGUUGACUUCAAUCUGAAAGGUCCAAAACUGAAAGGUGAUGUUGACGUGUCUGUUCCCAAAGUGGAAGGAGAUAUUAAAGCACCAAAAGUUGAAAUUGAAGUCCCAGAAAUUGAAGGACCUGAGGGUGGUUUUAAGAUGCCAAAGAUUAAAAUGCCAUCAUUCGGAAUGAAGGGUCCAAAACUGGAGGGUCCAGAUGUAGAUGUGAAAAUCCCUAAAACUGAUAUUGACAUUAAGGCACCAGAUGUAGACAUCAAAGCUCUUGAAGUUGACAUUGAAGGACCUGAGGCAAAAAUCAAGGGCCCCAAAUUCAAGAUCCCCUCGAUCUCUGCUCCAAAGAUUUCUAUGCCAGAUGUUGACUUCAAUCUGAAAGGUCCAAAACUGAAAGGUGAUGUUGACGUGUCUGUUCCCAAAGUGGAAGGAGAUAUUAAAGCACCAAAAGUUGAAAUUGAAGUCCCAGAAAUUGAAGGACCUGAGGGUGGUUUUAAGAUGCCAAAGAUUAAAAUGCCAUCAUUCGGAAUGAAGGGUCCAAAACUGGAGGGUCCAGAUGUAGAUGUGAAAAUCCCUAAAGGCGAUAUUGACAUAAAGGCACCUAAUGUGGACAUCAAAGCUCUUGAGGUUGACAUUGAAGGACCUGAGGGAAAAAUCAAGGGCCCCAAAUUCAAGAUCCCCUCGAUCUCUGCUCCAAAGAUUUCUAUGCCAGAUGUUGACUUCAAUCUGAAAGGUCCAAAACUGAAAGGUGAUGUUGACGUGUCUGUUCCCAAAGUGGAAGGAGAUAUUAAAGCACCAAAAGUUGAAAUUGAAGUCCCAGAAAUUGAAGGACCUGAGGGUGGUUUUAAGAUGCCAAAGAUUAAAAUGCCAUCAUUCGGAAUGAAGGGUCCAAAACUGGAGGGUCCAGAUGUAGAUGUGAAAAUCCCUAAAACUGAUAUUGACAUUAAGGCACCAGAUGUGGACAUCAAAGCUCUGGAGGUAGACCUUGAAGGACCUGAGGGAAAAAUCAAGGGCCCCAAAUUCAAGAUUCCAUCUGUCUCUGGUCCAAAGAUUUCUAUGCCAGAUGUUGACUUCAAUCUGAAAGGUCCAAAACUGAAAGGUGAUGUUGAGGUCUCCGUUCCCAAAGUGGCAGGAGAUAUUAAAGCACCAAAAGUGGAAAUUGAAGGCCCAGAAAUUGAAGGACCUGAGGGUGGUUUUAAGAUGCCAAAGAUCAAAAUGCCAUCAUUCGGAAUGAAGGGUCCAAAACUGGAGGGUCCAGAUAUUGAUUUGAAAAUCCCUAAAACUGAUAUUGACAUUAAGGCACCAGAUGUGGACAUCACAGCUCCAGAGGUAGACCUUGAAGGACCUGAGGGAAAAAUCAAGGGCACCAAAUUCAAGAUGCCAUCGAUCUCUGGCCCAAAUAUUUCUAUGCCAGAUGUUGACUUCAAUUUGAAAGGUCCAAAACUGAAAGGCGAUGUUAAUGUGUCCGUUCCAAAAGUGGCAGGAGAUAUUAAAGCACCAAAAGUGGAAAUUGAAGGCCCAGAAUUUGAAGGACCUGAGGGUGGUUUUAAGAUGCCUAAGAUCAAAAUGCCAUCAUUCGGAAUGAAGGGUCCAAAAUUGGAGGGUCCAGAUGUUGAUGUAAAAAUCCCUAAAGCAGAUAUUGACAUUAAGGCACCAGAUGUGGACAUCAAAGCUCCAGAGGUUGACAUUGAAGGACCUGAGGGAAAAAUCAAGGGCCCCAAAUUCAAGAUGCCAUCAAUCUCUGGCCCAAAUAUUUCUAUGCCAGAUGUUGACUUCAACUUGAAAGGUCCAAAACUGAAAGGUGAUGUUAAUGUGUCCAUUCCAAAAGUGGCAGGAGAUAUUAAAGCACCAAAAGUGGAAAUUGAAGGCCCAGAAAUUGAAGGACCUGAGGGUGGUUUUAAGAUGCCAAAGUUCAAAAUGCCAUCAUUCGGAAUGAAGGGUCAAAAACUGGAGGGUCCAGAUGUUGAUGUGAAAAUCCCUAAAGCAGAUAUUGACAUUAAAGCACCAGAUGUGGACAUCAAAGCUCCAGAGGUUGACAUUGAAGGACCUGAGGGAAAAAUCAAGGGCCCCAAAUUCAAGAUGCCAUCGAUCUCUGGCCCAAAUAUUUCUAUGCCAGACAUUGACUUCAAUCUGAAAGGUCCUAAACUGAAAGGUGAUGUUGACAUGUCCGUGCCAAAAGUGGAAGGAGAUAUUAAAGCACCAAAAGUGGAAAUUGAAGGCCCAGAAUUUGAAGGACCUGAGGGUGGUUUUAAGAUGCCUAAGAUCAAAAUGCCAUCAUUCGGAAUGAAGGGUCCAAAACUGGAGGGUCCAGAUGUUGAUGUAAAAAUCCCUAAAACUGAUAUUGACAUUAAGGCACCAGAUGUGCACAUCAAAGCUCCAGAGGUUGACAUUGAAGGACCUGAGGGAAAAAUCAAGGGCCCCAAAUUCAAGAUGCCAUCGAUCUCUGGCCCAAAUAUUUCUAUGCCAGAUGUUGACUUCAACUUGAAAGGUCCAAAACUGAAAGGUGAUGUUAAUGUGUCCGUUCCAAAAGUGGCAGGAGAUAUUAAAGAACCAAAAGUGGAAAUUGAAGGCCCAGAAAUUGAAGGACCUGAGGGUGGUUUUAAGAUGCCAAAGUUCAAAAUGCCAUCAUUCGGAAUGAAGGGUCCAAAACUGGAGGGUCCAGAUGUUGAUGUGAAAAUUCCUAAAGCAAAUAUUGACAUUAAGGAACCAGAUUUUGACAUCAAAGCUCCAGAGGUUGACAUUGAAGGACCUGAGGGAAAAAUCAAGGGCCCCAAAUUCAAGAUGCCAUCGAUCUCUGGCCCAAAUAUUUCUAUGCCAGACAUUGACUUCAAUUUGAAAGGUCCUAAACUGAAAGGUGAUGUUGACAUGUCCGUUCCAAAAGUGGAAGGAGAUAUUAAAGCACCAAAAGUGGAAAUUGAAGGCCCAGAAAUUGAAGGACCUGAGGGUGGUUUUAAGAUGCCAAAGUUCAAAAUGCCAUCAUUUGGAAUGAAGGGUCCAAAACUAGAGGCUCCAGAUGUUGAUGUGAAAAUCCCUAAAGCCGAUAUUGACAUAAAGGCACCAGAUGUGGACAUCAAAGUUCCAGAGGUUGACAUUGAAGGACCUGAGGGAAAAAUCAAGGGCCCCAAAUUCAAGAUGCCAUCGAUCUCUGGCCCAAAUAUUUCUAUGCCAGACAUUGACUUCAAUCUGAAAGGUCCAAAACUGAAAGGUGAUGUGGACAUGUCUGCUCCAAAAGUGGCAGGAGAUAUUAAAGCACCAAAAGUGGAAAUUGAAGGCCCAGAAUUUGAAGGACCUGAGGGUGGUUUUAAGAUGCCUAAGAUCAAAAUGCCAUCAUUCGGAAUGAAGGGUCAGAAAUUGGAGGGUCCAGAUGUUGAUGUGAAAAUCCCUAAAACUGAUAUUGAGAUUAAGGCACCAGAUGUGGACAUCAAAGCUCCAGAGGUUGACAUUGAAGGACCUGAGGGAAAAAUCAAGGGCCCCAAAUUCAAGAUGCCAUCAAUCUCUGGCCCAAAUAUUUCUAUGCCAGAUGUUGACUUCAACUUGAAAGGUCCAAAACUGAAAGGUGAUGUUAAUGUGUCCGUUCCAAAAGUGGCUGGAAAUAUUAAAGCACCAAAAGUGGAAAUUGAAGGCCCAGAAAUUGAAGGACCUGAGGGUGGUUUUAAGAUGCCAAAGUUCAAAAUGCCAUCAUUUGGAAUGAAGGGUCCAAAACUGGAGGGUCCAGAUGUUGAUGUGAAAAUCCCUAAAGCCGAUAUUGACAUUAAGGCACCAGAUGUGGACAUCAAAGCUCCUGAGGUUGACAUUGAAGGACCUGGGGGAAAAAUCAAGGGCCCCAAAUUCAAGAUGCCAUCGAUCUCUGGCCCAAAUAUUUCUAUGCCAGAUGUUGACUUCAACUUGAAAGGUCCAAAACUGAAAGGUGAUGUUAAUGUGUCCGUUCCAAAAGUGGCAGGAGAUAUUAAAGCACCAGAUGUGGACAUCAAAGCUCCAGAGGUUGACAUUGAAGGACCUGAGGGAAAAAUCAAGGGCCCCAAAUUCAAGAUGCCAUCGAUCUCUGGCCCAAAUAUUUCUAUGCCAGACAUUGACUUCAAUUUGAAAAGUCCUAAACUGAAAGGUGAUGUUGACAUAUCCGUUCCAAAAGUGGAAGGAGAUAUUAAAGCACCAAAAGUGGAAAUUGAAGGCCCAGAAAUUGAAGGACCUGAGGGUGGUUUUAAGAUGCCAAAGUUCAAAAUGCCAUCAUUCGGAAUGAAGGGUCAAAAACUGGAGGGUCCAGAUGUUGAUGUGAAAAUCCCUAAAGCAGAUAUUGACAUUAAGGCACCAGAUGUGGACAUCAAAGCUCCAGAGGUUGACAUUGAAGGACCUGAGGGAAAAAUCAAGGGCCCCAAAUUCAAGAUGCCAUCGAUCUCUGGCCCAAAUAUUUCUAUGCCAGACAUUGACUUCAAUUUGAAAGGUCCUAAACUGAAAGGUGAUGUUGACAUGUCCGUUCCAAAAGUGGAAGGAUAUAUUAAAGUACCAAAAGUGGAAAUUGAAGGCCCAGAAAUUGAAGGACCUGAGGGUGGUUUUAAGAUGCCAAAGUUCAAAAUGCCAUCAUUUGGAAUGAAGGGUCCAAAACUAGAGGGUCCAGAUAUUGAUGUGAAAAUCCCUAAAGCCGAUAUUGACAUAAAGGCACCAGAUGUGGACAUCAAAGUUCCAGAGGUUGACAUUGAAGGACCUGAGGGAAAAAUCAAGGGCCCCAAAUUCAAGAUGCCAUCUAUCUCUGGCCCAAAUAUUUCUAUGCCAGACAUUGACUUCAAUCUGAAAGGUCCAAAACUGAAAGGUGAUGUUGACAUGUCUGCUCCAAAAGUGGAAGGAGAUAUUAAAGCACCAAAAGUGGAAAUUGAAGGCCCAGAAUUUGAAGGACCUGAGGGUGGUUUUAAGAUGCCUAAGAUCAAAAUGCCAUCAUUCGGAAUGAAGGGUCAAAAACUGGAGGGUCCAGAUGUUGAUGUGAAAAUCCCUAAAGCAGAUAUUGACAUUAAGGCACCAGAUGUGGACAUCAAAGCUCCAGAGGUUGACAUUGAAGGACCUGAGGGAAAAAUCAAGGGCCCCAAAUAUAAGAUGCCAUCGAUCUCUGGCCCAAAUAUUUCUAUGCCAGACAUUGACUUCAAUUUGAAAGGUCCUAAACUGAAAGGUGAUGUUGACAUGUCCGUUCCAAAAGUGGAAGGAUGUAUUAAAGCACCAAAAGUGGAAAUUGAAGGCCCAGAAAUUGAAGGACCUGAGGGUGGUUUUAAGAUGCCAAAGUUCAAAAUGCCAUCAUUUGGAAUGAAGGGUCCAAAACUAGAGGGUCCAGAUGUUGAUGUGAAAAUCCCUAAAGCCGAUAUUGACAUAAAGGCCCCAGAUGUGGACAUCAAAGUUCCAGAGGUUGACAUUGAAGGACCUGAGGGAAAAAUCAAGGGCCCCAAAUUCAAGAUGCCAUCUAUCUCUGGCCCAAAUAUUUCUAUGCCAGACAUUGACUUCAAUCUGAAAGGUCCAAAACUGAAAGGUGAUGUUGACAUGUCUGCUCCAAAAGUGGAAGGAGAUAUUAAAGCACCAAAAGUGGAAAUUGAAGGCCCAGAAUUUGAAGGACCUGAGGGUGGUUUUAAGAUGCCUAAGAUCAAAAUGCCAUCAUUUGGAAUGAAGGGUCCAAAAUUGGAGGGUCCAGAUGUUGAUGUGAAAAUCCCUAAAACUGAUAUUGACAUUAAGGCACCAGAUGUGGACAUCAAAGCUCCAGAGGUUGACAUUGAAGGACCUGAGGGAAAAAUCAAGGGCCCCAAAUUCAAGAUGCCAUCGAUCUCUGGCCCAAAUAUUUCUAUGCCAGAUGUUGACUUCAACUUGAAAGGUCCAAAACUGAAAGGUGAUGUUAAUGUGUCCGUUCCAAAAGUGGCAGGAAAUAUUAAAGCACCAGAUGUGGACAUCAAAGCUCCAGAGGUUGACAUUGAAGGACCUGAGGGAAAAAUCAAGGGCCCCAAAUUCAAGAUGCCAUCGAUCUCUGGCCCAAAUAUUUCUAUGCCAGACAUUGACUUCAAUCUGAAAGGUCCAAAACUGAAAGGUGAUGUUGACAUGUCUGCUCCAAAAGUGGAAGGAGAUAUUAAAGCACCAAAAGUGGAAAUUGAAGGCCCAGAAAUUGAAGGACCUGAGGGUGGUUUUAAGAUGCCAAAGUUCAAAAUGCCAUCGUUCGGAAUGAAGGGUCCAAAACUGGAGGGUCCAGAUGUUGAUGUGAAAAUCCCUAAAGCCGAUAUUGACAUUAAGGCACCAGAUGUGGACAUCAAAGCUCCAGAGGUUUACAUUGAAGGGCCUGAGGGAAAAAUCAAGGGCCCCAAAUUUAAGAUGCCAUCGAUUUCUGGCCCAAAUUUUUCUAUGCCAGACGUUGACUUCAACUUGAAAGGUCCAAAACUGAAAGGUGAUGUUAAUGUGUCCGUUCCAAAAGUGGCAGGAGAUAUUAAAGCACCAGAUGUGGAUAUCAAAGCUCCAGAGGUUGACAUUGAAGGACCUGAGGGAAAAAUCAAGAGCCCCAAAUUCAAGAUGCCAUCGAUCUCUGGCCCAAAUAUUUCUAUGCCAGAUGUUGACUUCAACUUGAAAGGUCCAAAACUGAAAGGUGAUGUCAAUGUGUCCGUUCCAAAAGUGGCAGGAGAUAUUAAAGCACCAAAAGUGGAAAUUGAAGGCCCAGAAAUUGAAGGACCUGAGGGUGGUUUUAAGAUGCCAAAGUUCAAAAUGCCAUCAUUCGGAAUGAAGGGUCAAAAACUGGAGGGUCCAGAUGUUGAUGUGAAAAUCCCUAAAGCAGAUAUUGACAUUAAGGCACAAGAUGUGGACAUCAAAGCUCCAGAGGUUGACAUUGAAGGACCUGAGGGAAAAAUCAAGGGCCCCAAAUUCAAGAUGCCAUCGAUCUCUGGCCCAAAUAUUUCUAUGCCAGACAUUGACUUCAAUCUGAAAGGUCCAAAACUGAAAGGUGAUGUUGACCUGUCUGUUCCAAAAGUGGAAGGAGAUAUUAAAGCACCAAAAGUGGAAAUUGAAGGCCCUGAAAUUGAAGGACCUGAGGGUGGUUUUAAGAUGCCAAAGUUCAAAAUGCCAUCAUUUGGAAUGAAGGGUCCAAAACUGGAGGGUCCAGAUGUUGAUGUGAAAAUCCCUAAAACUGAUAUUGACAUUAAUGCACCAGAUGUGGACAUCAAAGCUCCUGAGGUUGACAUUGAAGGACCUGAGGGAAAAAUCAAGGGCCCCAAAUUCAAGAUGCCAUCGAUCUCUGGCCCAAAUAUUUCUAUGCCGGAUGUUGACUUCAAUUUGAAAGGUCCAAAACUGAAAGGUGAUGUUAAUGUGUCCGUUCCAAAAGUGGAAGGAGAUAUUAAAGCACCAAAAGUGGAAAUUGAAGGCCCAGAAAUUGAAGGACCUGAGGGUGGUUUUAAGAUGCCAAAGUUCAAAAUGCCAUCAUUCGGAAUGAAGGGUCCAAAACUGGAGGGUCCAGAUGUUGAUUUGAAAAUCCCUAAAGCCGAUAUUGACAUUAAGGCACCAGAUAUGGACAUCAAAGCUCCAGAGGUUGAAAUUGAAGGACCUGAGGGAAAAAUCAAGGGCCCCAAAUUCAAGAUGCCAUCGAUCUCUGGCCCAAAUAUUUCUAUGCCAGACAUUGACUUCAAUCUGAAAGGUCCAAAACUGAAAGGUGAUGUUGACAUGUCCGUUCCAAAAGUGGAAAUUGAAGGCCCAGAAAUUGAAGGACCUGAGGGUGGUUUUAAGAUGCCUAAGAUCAAAAUGCCAUCAUUCGGAAUGAAGGGUCCAAAACUGGAGGGUCCAGAUGUUGAUGUGAAAAUCCCUAAAGCCGAUAUUGACAUUAAGGCACCAGAUGUGGACAUCAAAGCUCCAGAGGUUGACAUUGAAGGACCUGAGGGAAAAAUCAAAGGCCCCAAAUUCAAGAUGCCAUCGAUCUCUGGCCCAAAUAUUUCUAUGCCAGACAUUGACUUCAAUCUGAAAGGUCCAAAACUGAAAGGUGAUGUUGACAUGUCCGUUCCAAAAGUGGCAGGAGAUAUUAAAGCACCAAAAGUGGAAAUUGAAGGUCCUGAAAUUGAAGGACCUGAGGGUGGUUUUAAGAUGCCUAAGAUCAAAAUGCCAUCAUUCGGAAUGAAGGGUCCGAAACUGGAGGGUCCAGAUGUUGAUGUGAAAAUCCCUAAAGCCGAUAUUGACAUUAAGGCACCAGAUGUGGACAUCAAUUCUCCAGGGGUUGACAUUGAAGGACCUGAGGGCAAAAUCAAGGGCCCCAAAUUCAAGAUGCCUUCGAUCUCUGGCCCAAAUAUUUCUAUGCCAAACAUUGACUUUAAUUUGAAAGGUCCAAAACUGAAAGGAGAUGUUGACUUGUCCGUUCCAAAAGUGGCAGGAGAUAUUAAAGCACCAAAAGUGGAAAUUGAAGGUCCUGAAAUGGAAGGACCUGAGGGUGGUUUUAAGAUGCCAAAGAUCAAAAUGCCAUCAUUCGGAAUGAAAGGUACAAAACUGGAGGGUCCAGAUGUUGAUGUGAAAAUCCCUAAAGCCGGUAUUGACAUUAAGGCACCAGAUAUGGACAUCAAAGCUCCAGGGCUUGAAAUUGAUGGACCUGAGGGAAAAAUCAAGGGCCCCAAAUUCAAGAUGCCAUCAAUCUCUGGUCCAAAUAUUUCUAUGCCAGAUGUUGAUUUCAAUCUGAAAGGACCAAAACUGAAAGGUGAUGUUGAUGUGUCUGUUCCAAAACUGGAAGGAGAAAUUAAAGCACCAGAUGUGAAUAUUAAGGUUCCAGAACUUGAUAUUGAAGGACCAGUGGGGAAAAUCAAGGGCUCUAAAUUCAAGAUGCCUACCUUCUCUGGACCAAAUAUUUCUAUGCCUGAUGUUGAUUUCAAUAUAAAAGGUCCAAAACUGAAAGGUGAUGUUGAUGUUUCAAUUCCAAAAGUUGAAGGAGACAUCAAAACACCUGAUUUGGGUAUCAAGGAGCCCAAACUUGACACAGAAUUACCAGAAGGAAAGAUCAAGGGCCCAAAAGUCAAGUUGCCAUCAAUAUCUGGUCCUGAAGGUCCAAAUGUUGAGGUUAAUUUUCCAGAAACAAAUGUCAAGAAGUCUAAAUUUAAAAUGCCCAAGUUUGGAUUUAAAGGGCCAAAGAUUGAAGCACCUGAUGUUGAUGUCAAAUUUCCGAAAGGAUCUAAAGUGAAAGGUCAAGCGGGUGUCAGUUUGGAAGGUGAUGUAAAUAUGCCAAAAGUGGAAGUUGAUUCUCCAAGUAUAGAAAUUAAAAGUCCAGAGGGAGGAUUCAAGAUGCCAAGAUUUAAAAUGCCAAAGUUCGGUUUUAAGUCACCCAAAGGAGAAAUUGAUGUCAGUGUACCUAGUGGUGACAUUGGUUUAAAAUCAUCUGAUAUUGACAUCAAGCCUCCUGAUCUAGAUGUUGAGGGACAAAUCAAGGGCACCAAAUUCAAAAUGCCUUCUUUAUCUGGUCCAAAUAUUUCUAUGCCAGAUGUAGACUUCAACUUGAAAAGUCCAAAAGUCAAGGGUGAUAUUGAUGUUUCUGGACCCAAUAUUGCAGGUGACAUAAAGGCUCCGAAAGUGGACAUUGAAGGACCUGAUGUUCAGAUAGAGGGCCCAGAAAGUGGCAUCAAAAUGCCUAAAAUCAAAAUGCCAUCAUUUGGGCUCAAAGGUCCUAAAGUGGAGGGCCCAGAUGUUGAAAUCAAUUUCCCCAAAGCAGAUGUUGACAUUAAAGGACCUGAAAUUGACAUCAAAACUCCAGAUCUUGACAUUGAAGGACCUGAGGGCAAAAUCAAAGGUCCCAAGUUUAAAAUGCCUUCCGUAUCCGGUCCAAAAAUCUCUAUGCCAGAUGUAGAUUUCAACUUGAAAAGUCCAAAAGUCAAGGGUGAUAUGGAUGUUUCUGUACCAAAGAUUUCAGGCGAUGUAAAGGCACCAAAAAUAGACAUUGAAUGUCCUGAUGUUGAUAUUGAGGGCCCAGAAGGUGGCUUCAAGAUGCCUAAAAUGAAAAUUCCAUCAUCUGGACUCAAAGGUCCUAAAGUGGAGGGCCCAGAUGUUGACGUCAAUCUCCCCAAAGCAGAUGUUGACAUUAAAGGACCUGAAAUUGACAUUAAAGCUCCUGAUCUUGACAUCGAGGGACCGGAGGGCAAAAUCAAAGGUCCCAAGUUUAAAAUGCCUACCAUAUCGGGUCACAAAAUGUCUAUGCCAGAGGUCAACUUAAAAGGCCCCAAAAUAAAAGGUGAUAUGGAUGUUUCAGUACCUAAGAUUUCAGGGGACAUAAAGGCACCAAAAGUGGACAUUGAAGGUCCUGAUGUUGAUAUUGAGGGCCCAGAAGGUGGCUUCAAGAUGCCUAAAAUCAAAAUGCCAUCAUUUGGACUCAAAGGUCCUAAAGUGGAGGGCCCAGAUGUUGACAUCAAUCUCCCCAAAGCAGAUGUUGACAUUAAAGGACCUGAAAUUGACAUUAAAAAUCCUGAUCUUGACAUCGAGGGACCGGAGGGCAAAAUCAAAGGUCCCAAGUUUAAAAUGCCUUCAAUAUCAGUUCCAAAAAUGUCUAUGCCAGAGGUCAACUUAAAAGGCCCCAAAAUAAAAGGUGAUAUGGAUGUUUCAGUACCUAAGAUUUCAGGGGACAUAAAGGCACCAAAAGUGGACAGUGAAGGUCCUGAUGUUGAUAUUGAGGGCCCAGAAGGUGGCUUCAAGAUGCCUAAAAUGAAAAUGCCAUCAUUUGGACUCAAAGGUCCUAAAGUGGAGGGCCCAGAUGUUGACGUCAAUCUCCCCAAAGCAGAUGUUGACAUUAAAGGACCUGAAAUUGACAUUAAAGCUCCUGAUCUUGACAUCGAGGGACCGGAGGGCAAAAUCAAAGGUCCCAAGUUUAAAAUGCCUACCAUAUCGGGUCACAAAAUGUCUAUGCCAGAGGUCAACUUAAAAGGCCCCAAAAUAAAAGGUGAUAUGGAUGUUUCAGUACCUAAGAUUUCAGGGGACAUAAAGGCACCAAAACAGGACAUUGAAGGUCCUGAUGUUGAUAUUGAGGGCCCAGAAGGUGGCUUCAAGAUGCCUAAAAUGAAAAUGCCAUCAUUUGGACUCAAAGGUCCUAAAGUGGAGGGCCCAGAUGUUGACGUCAAUCUCCCCAAAGCAGAUGUUGACAUUAAAGGACCUGAAAUUGACAUUAAAGCUCCUGAUCUUGACAUCGAGGGACCGGAGGGCAAAAUCAAAGGUCCCAAGUUUAAAAUGCCUACCAUAUCGGGUCACAAAAUGUCUAUGCCAGAGGUCAACUUAAAAGGCCCCAAAAUAAAAGGUGAUAUGGAUGUUUCAGUACCUAAGAUUUCAGGGGACAUAAAGGCACCAAAAGUGGACAUUGAAGGUCCUGAUGUUGAUAUUGAGGGCCCAGAAGGUGGCUUCAAGAUGCCUAAAAUCAAAAUGCCAUCAUUUGGACUCAAAGGUCCUAAAGUGGAGGGCCCAGAUGUUGACAUCAAUCUCCCCAAAGCAGAUGUUGACAUUAAAGGACCUGAAAUUGACAUUAAAAAUCCUGAUCUUGACAUCGAGGGACCUGAGGGCAAAAUCAAAGGUCCCAAGUUUAAAAUGCCUUCCAUAUCCGUUCCAAAAAUGUCUAUGCCAGAGGUCAACUUAAAAGGCCCCAAAAUAAAAGGUGAUAUGGAUGUUUCAGUACCAAAGAUUUCAGGCGACAUAAAGGCACCAAAAGUGGACAUUGAAGCUCCCGAUCUUGACUUUGAGGGACCUGAGGGCAAAAUCAAAGGUCCUAAGUUUAAAAUGCCUACCAUAUCGGGUGCAAAAAUGUCUAUGCCAGAUGUCAACUUAAAAGGCCCCAAAAUAAAAGGUGAUAUGGAUGUUUCAGUACCAAAGAUUUCAGGAGACAUAAAAGCUCCAAAAAUGGACAUUAAAGGUCCUGAUGUUGAUAUUGAGGGCCCAGAAGGUGGCUUCAGGAUGCCUAAAAUGAAAAUGCCAUCAUUUGGACUCAAAGGUCCUAAAGUGGAGGGCCCAGAUGUUGACAUCAAUCUCCCCAAAGCAGAUGUUGACAUUAAAGGACCAGAAAUUGACAUUAAACCUCUUGAUCUUGACAUCGAGGGACCUGAGGGCAAAAUCAAAGGUCCUAACUUUAAAAUGCCUACCAUAUCGGGUCACAAAAUGUCUAUGCCAGAGGUCAACUUAAAAGGCCCCAAAAUAAAAGGUGAUAUGGAUGUUUCAGUACCUAAGAUUUCAGGGGACAUAAAGGCACCAAAAGUGGACAUUGAAGGUCCUGAUGUUGAUAUAGAGGGCUCAGAAGGUGGCUUCAAGAUGCCUAAAAUGAAAAUGCCAUCAUUUGGACUCAAAGGUCCUAAAGUGGAGGGCCCAGAUGUUGACAUAAAUCUCCCCAAAGCAGAUGUUGACAUUAAAGGACCUGAAAUUGAAAUUAAAGCUCCUGAUCUUGACAUCAAGGGGCCUGAGGGCAAAAUCAAAGGUCCCAAAUUCAAAAUGCCUUCCGUAUCGGAUCCAAAGAUCUCUAUGCCAAAUGUCAACUUAAAAGGCCCCAAAGUCAAGGGUGAUGUGGAUGUUUCAGGUGACAUAAAGACACCAAAAGUGGACUUUGAAGGUCCUGAUGUUGAAAUUGAGGGUCCAGAAGGUGGCAUCAAGAUGCCUAAAAUCAAAAUGCCAUCAUUUGGUCUCAGAGGUCCUAAAGUGGAGGGCCCGGAUGUUGACGUCACUCUCCCCAAAGCAGAUUUUGACAUUAAAGGAUCAGAAAUUGAUAUUAAAGCUCCUGAUCUUGACAUUGAAGGACCUGAGGGUGGUUUAAAACAUGUUAAGUUCCCAAAAUUCAAAGGUCCCAACUUUGGAAUGAAGCCUUCAGAUGGCAAUCUUUCAAUACCUGAAAAAGAUAUAGGGGCAAGUAUUGAUGUCAAAAGCCCUGAUGUCAACAUCAGUGGACCAGAUGCAAAUAUGAAGGUGCCAAAAAUGAAGAAAUCUAAAUUCUCGCUUGGAGUUAAGAGCCCAAAAUUAGAUGCAGAUAUUCCUGAUGCUGGUGGUAGUGUAGAAGGACCUGAUAUGAACAUAAAUGUUAAAGGAAAGAAAGGUAAAUUCAAAUUGCCCAAAGGGAAGGGGAAGUCUAAAACAUUUGAUGGUGAUAUGAAGAUUGAAACCAUCAAGGUGGAGGCAAAUGAACCUGACUUACAGAUGAAGUCAACCAAAGUAAAGAAAACUCUUUUUGGAAGGUUACAUUUUCCUGAUGUGGAAUUUGACAUCAAAUCUUCAAAAGCUAAAGGUAGUUCAUCUGCCUCUGGAACUAUAAAAUCAUCUGCUGAUUUGCCUUCUGCCAGCCUUAAAACUGAUAUUCAGACACCAGAUGCUAGUUUGGACAGUCCUGAUUUCAAAACAAAAGGAGGAAAAAUCAAAAUACCCAAAGUCGGCAUCUCUGGCUCUGAAAUAAAAACUCCUGAACUGGUUGUUAGAGAUGCAAAUUUAGAGGUUCCAGAAAAGACCUUUCAGUCCCCAGAUGUCAGUGUAGCAGGAUCAGACAUUAAUGGAAAAGGCAAGGCUAAAAUUGACAUAGGAGGAAAAAUACAGGAUGUUGAGUUGAGAGGGCCUACUGUAAAUGUCCAUGGUGGUGCAUUAGAUGCUGAUUUAAGUCUCAUGGAGCAAAAAGGAGUAAAAGGGAGCAUUGAAAUACCAGGCUUUAAUGUAAGAGGACAAAAGGGAGAGACUGCAAGUGGGUUAGACUUGAAGCCAGAUGCAUCAUUAUCUGGUGUGAUGGAGUACCAAGAAGGUAAUGUAACCUUUCCUAAAAUCAAAGUACCAAAGUUUGGUGUUGCAUUGCCUAAAGUAGAUGGAGGCGAGAUGAGAGUUAAUGUAGGUUCAAGUGAAUUGGCUACAGGUUCUAAAGUUUCUUCCCAAAGUCUGGAAAUGGAGAACACUGAUAUGAAAAGCAGUGGUGGAAAAGUGAAAGUCAAAAUGCCAAAAUUAUUUGUCAAAUCUAAAUCCAAAGGUGGCAGUGCAGCUGAUCUUACUGUUGAGGGAGAAGGUGUUGAUGUUACAAGUAAAGGUGGUGCAAAGGUGUCUAAAGAUUUGAGCCUUAGUUCUGGGGAAUUGACAAGUGGCAAGUUAGCAGUAGAGGGAAGCUCUGGGUUUAAAGUUUCACCAAAGAGUAAAUCUGCCUCCCUUGACCUCUUCAAAAAAACACAUCACUCAUCUUCUGUAAGUGACGAGGGAGGUUUAGCUUCCCCUGUUUCUGCUGAAGGCCACUUACAGGCAGAGGGUGGCAACAUUUCAGGUGAUGUUGGAGAAAAGGCCAAAGGCAAAAAAGGAAAGUUGAAGUUUGCUACAAUUGGAGGUUUUAGCUCAAAAAGUAAAGGUUCAUAUGAAGUGACAGAUGAAAGUGAGGUUAUGAUUGAGGGUGCUGGUGUAGUUGCUCAGUCUUCAAAGAAGUCCAGAAUGUCAUCAUCAUCCAGCAGUGAUAGUGGUACAAAAGGCAGUUUUCGAUUUCCACAACUCGAAUUAGCUAUGUCACCAAAGAAAUAGUUUUUACGCUAGUAUCUAUAUCUAUAGACAGUACACACACACACACACACACACACACAUUUUUGUCAGUCUAGAUGACUAUGUAAAUCUGCCUUUCAUUUAAACAAUAGUGCACUGCCAUAUUGACUUUCUUCACUUGCCACAUAUGUUCUUUACAGGCAUUGGUGUGUGUGUGUGUAUAUAUAUAUAUACUUUUUUCCCUUCUCUGAAUCACAAUUUAACUGUAAAUAAGAGAAAUCUGUUAUGUAAUUUUAAUUUUGUUUUGUAGAUAGGAAGUUCAAAUCCAAUCCAACAAUGUGUGUAGUUAAUAUAAAAAAUUUGUCAUCUGACAACUUGUUCUAUUUUUGUACUUUAGAAAGUUUUGGAACUAUGUUGUCCUUUCUAAAAUUGCAUGGACACAUUUAAAUGCAAGAGGAGUGAUUUUAGUUAGAUUUAAGAGGUUUUUAAAACUUCAGCUUCACUUACAUUAGUAGUGCUGUAUCAUAUGUCAUCAUUGCAUAUGAUUUACUAAUUUGAGUAGUGAUAAACUUAAUCGUGCUCACUGAGAUCUGGUUUAAGGGCUGUACAAACUGUAAAUAAUUUGAGUCAAAACCAAUACAUGGGACAACAUAAUUGUGUGUCUCAAAUAUUAUGACAGUUCAGAUAUUAUGGAAUUUACACAGAGAUUAUAAUCUUCUAAAGUAUUUAUAUCUAAGACUGUCUUUUUCAAUUAUUGCUUGAAUAUCUUUAAAAUGCACAACAAAAAGCAGUUGGCAAAAGCUGUCACUUGCUUUGAUUUUUAAAUGGUUUCGAAGGUAUUUUUCUUGAUUAUAUCAUCCACAUUUCUUUACAUCCGGAUGACUCUCUCUCUUCCUCUCACUCAGUUUAUGAAAUGCUGUGCUGUAAUGUGGUGAUAUAACACAGGAAUGCUAAUGCCAAUGGUAAAACAUUAAUAUUUUGAAAAGGCAUAAAAUGUGCAUUUGCCCUUGUAAAUAAUGGGACAUUUAGGCUGCAAGUUUCUAACUCCCCCCCCCCUUGUAUCACUUGCAAAAAAAUAAAUAAAGUGUACAAUUAUCAAUA